CGCAGCACUUGCACCGACGUUAACGCCAUGGCGAAGUCCACUAACCACACGGCCCACAACCAGAGCUACAAGAACCACCGUAACGGCAUCAAGAAGCCGAAGAAGCACGCGAAGCGCUCGCUCAAGGGUAUGGACCCCAAGUUCUUGCGCAACCAGCGGUACUGCAAGAAGCACCUCCCGAAGGCGUGAGUCUGAUCGCGGGAUGGCGCAGUGGGUGGUGUCGGGCGGAGUCGGGCGCAGGCGAAGAUCUCGAGGGGCGGACUUCUCGCGAUUGGAUCUCUCGCGCGGGGAAGGACUCUCGCCGCACGUUUAAGGGGAUAGCUUCUUAGCGCAGUCUUAGCACUGUAAGUUACCUUCCUUUUGGUGU